CGAAUGGAGCGCGCUGAUUGGUCCAAAUUGUUCCGACCGUACAGGUGACCCAAGAUGGCCGACUUUGGAAAGAAAGAGCGCGAAUUUGAACUGAAUUGAUGAAAAUUGACCAAUUUUAGCCUUUGGUGUGGACUUAAACAAGUUAGGAUGUCGUCGGAUGAAGUGAACUUUCUUCGGGAGCAAGUGCAACGUCUGAAUGCUGUACUAAGUCAGUACCAGGAUAGAUACCUGCCAGUCAAUGAGGGGUCAGGGGAGGGGGGCCUGUUUGCCCCGGACGACCCCCCUGCCCAGUGGCUGACUGACCGUAGCCUGCUGUCCCCCCUGCUGGCGGAGUAUGACCAUGUGAUGCAGACACAGAAGGAGCAGCUCGAGCAGUGCAGGGCAGACCAGGGCAGGCUGAAGGACAGGGUGGAACAGCUGGUCACAGAAAACAACAGGCUACAGAGAGAGCUGCAUCAGAAUGUACAGUCCCAACUGGAGUUAGCCAGGGUUCAGGCAGGGGGCACUUUUGCACCUGAGGAGGGGGAUCCACUCAAUAACCUGCAAGAGCAGCUUCAGCUGGCUAACCAGGAGAAGGACCAUGCCAUGGACCUGUGGCGGUCAGCACAGAGGGAGCUGGACAGGGUACAGCAGGAGAAAAAGGAACAGCUACAGGAUUUCCAGCUGAAGACAGGACAGCAACAGGCCAGCAGUGCACAGCUCAGGAUCCUGAACCAGAAGUGCCAACAAGUACAACUAGCCAAUCAGAGACUAGAGCAGGCAACACAGCAAUACAUUGCAACCAUUAAUGGCCAAAACACUGAGAUGGACAGAUUGAGAGAAGAGCUGAAGAAGGCCAAGUAUGAAGCCCACACCAGUGCCAUCCAACUCACAGAGACCCGCAAAACUCUGGAAGACCUACAUGAUCAGCUGAAAGGAAGGGAGAAGGAGAACAGUGCAGCCCUGGGAAGGGAGGAGGCUGCAGGGACCAGACUGAAGGAGGUGCAGACUAUUGCCAUGGACCUGGAGAUUAAGAUUGCUGAUGCCAUCAGGGAAAUCGACAGUCUCCAGAAAGAGAAGAAGAAGCUGGAGGACAGAGUGUCUUCUCUCAUGUCUAAGAACUCUGAGCUGGAGGAGAGGGAGUUUGAGGUGACAGAGAAGGUGCGAGACAGUGUGCAGAUGGUGGAGAACGCACUGUUGGAGAGGGACCAGGCCAUUGUCCGUGAGAAGCAGAAUGCACAGGAGAUCCAGAGACUGCAGGCCAUGCUGGCAAAACUGCUGAAUGAAGCUGGGGCAAGAACCAGGAAGGAGGUGGACAGUGUGAGAGAACAGUGCAAUAAGAACCUGGAGAAACUUAUGGAGGAAAUCCAUGGGCUGGAGAUGGAGGUUGGACAGAAACAGGCUCAGGUGGACCGUGCCAUUAGGGAGAAGAGGGCCGUAGAGGGGGAGCUGGAAAAGGUGUACAAAUCAGGAGAAGGAGAGGGAGGACAUGCGUCUGAGCUGACUAACAGGCUGUUUAACGCUGAGAGGGCCAGAGACGAGGCUGACAUGAACCUCAGGUCACUGCAGAAGAGACUGAAGAAAAUGGAGGACGACAGAGACCAGGACAAACUGCAGCAUGAGGCAAUCCUCUCACAGACAGCCAACCGUGUGGAGUCCCUGAGGAAGGAUUGUGAGGACCUGACUAUGGACAAGAUACAACUGCAGGAGGAGAUCAGCAAACUGCGGCAGGAGGCCAACAAUGGCAGGAGACAGGGAGAGGAGGCACAGAGGAAGGCAGCUAGACAGGUGGCAAUGCUGGAACAGGAGCACAAACAGAGAGAGCGAGAGUUUACAGUGAAGUUGGAAGGAACAGAAGAUGCCAACAGACAGUCUAUGUCUGAACUCAGGAAACUGCUCACUGCACAACAAAAGAUGAAUGCCAAAUGGAGAGAAGAAUCCAAAGGUCUGACCAGAAAAUUUGAGGGCAAGCUUUCAGAAUUAAGGUCUGAACUCAGCAGACAUAAAAAGUACAAUGAUGAGCUUCGAGACUUGUUAGAAUCCAGCCAACAGAAAAACGCUGAGCUAGAGAGAAGGCUUGGUGAGUACAAAGAACAGAAUAACAGGCUACAACAGAGACUACGGGAUGCAGAAAACAGGGUGACUAAGCUGUUAGAACAGCCACCGGGAAGUGCAAGGGGUGCUGGGAGUCUCAAAUCCAGGAGCAGAGGUUUGGAUCCAAGUUUACUGCUGUCAGACUUGAAGACAUCCACAUACCUGGAAUAAAAGUUCUUCCAUAAAGCUGCACCUUUUCUAUCCCCCCCCCCCCCACAUUUACUUUCAAUGCAAUGGAAAAUGUUU